AUGACAAAUGAAAAAUUAGAUAUAAGGAAAUGUUGUGCAUUUAUUCAUCAAAAUGUACCUGAUACGUCCGCAAGUGAAAAAAUGAUAGGUGGUUUAAGCAAGUUAUUGCAGACUUUAGAUAAAAUGACAAAAGAGUCCGCGAGAAGUGAGGGAAUUCUUGACAUCACAACAUUUAACCAAGUCAUUGAAUUUGACAUAAAUUCUCAAGUGUGGUAUCUAAAGAAUUUAUGGCAAGGGAAUCCACCAAUGGCUAGAGUGAAUAAUGAAUACAGUGACAGUGUAGUGGAUAUAAAAUACAAUAUAUUGAAGAAGGCUUUGUAUAUGAAAGACAAAUCAUACAAAACAUUGACUGAUAUGAUUGAACAAGCGCAUGAUUUAUGGAAAGGCGUCCUUAAUGAAGAUUUUGUUUUCUCUUUUAGAAAUAGUCUUGAAAUUAAAGCUUACAUGCAAAUGGAGUGUGUUGUGCAAGCUGAACUUUGGCGACUUGAAAGCAUCAUUCGUGACAAAUUAAUACAAGAAUCGCAAAUCAACUUUGCUACGUGUGAUCAAAAGGAUGAUUUACGGAAUGUAUCACACAAACUGACAAGCUGGCUUCACGACCUCCUUUCAAGGAAUCACGAAGAAGAACUAAGAGAAAGAUCUUUGGCAGUUGCAAAUGACCACAAAGGUCAUAAUCUAUCUAACGAGAAGAUAAAUCAGCUUUUUGACGACAUUUGGAAAGAAUUCCUUCACCAGCUUGAUACUUCUUCUACAAGCAUGGAAAAACACAGAAGGAGCAUGCGAAAUAUUUUUACAACGUGCCUUGAGAACCUUUUGAAAAAUAAUAACGCUUUGCUUAAGCAAGCUUUGAAGGAGUCCAAUUACUUGACACCAUUAUCAAAUGUUAAAAAGUUAGCCAGUUCGUUUAGUGAAACGGGAAUCAAUGAAACAGACAUAAGCUUUGCCAUGAUACAAAGGAGGGAGGCAUUGUUUGGGUUCUCUUAUACACUGAAAUAUGUCGGAACCAGAGUAAAACAAAUAUUCAAAUCAGUUGACGUAAAAAUAAAAGAACUUUGCCAAAUUAAUGAUGAAGUAACAGAAAUGUCGUGUAGUGUACGAGCUAUUUUAUCGGGAGACUGUCAAUACACUUUUAAAGUGCCGUUUUAUGUAAAAGUGUAUGUACAUGUAAGCAGGCAUGCUCAUCCAAUAUUCGAAAGUCAUAAUGAAAAGUAUUUUGAAAGUUAUGGCACUGCUGCUCUUCUUGCAAAAUACAGAGCUCAACUGAAGAUAAGUUUUGAGUCUCAUUUACGUUGCAGACUUUUUGAAGAUUUAGUCGCAGAACUAUUUUCAAAUAUCAUAGAAAGUUUUGCUGAAGAAUGGACAUUACAAAGUCUCCCGAAUAAUGUAACUGAUAGCCUACAUUCUCUCCUUCCGAAAGUUAAAAACAGAGUUAUUAUUGAAAUAUGCACAGACCUUUUAGAGGAAGGCGAUUUUGAUAAUUUUGUGAAUUACAUAGUUGAUCCACAUGCGUAUGCUACUUUAUGGAUUACUAAAAAGGCUAACCAAUAUCUAGAUGAAUCAGAGUUUAAUGUCUUAGAAAGUACUUCGUCAUCUUUGCUACAGAAAUUGUACAUAAGUGUUCGCAAAUGUGUUAAUGAUGUCAAGAAAAAAUUUGAAAGGACAUCACCGCCAUCAAUGCAAACGUGGAUAGAAUCUUUCCAAAACUCAAUGACAUCGUCUGAUUUUCGUAUUCCAUCUGAAAGUUUUCGGAACAUAAAAAAGGAAGCAUCAUCUGGUAUACAUGGUAAACAAAAUGUGGAACACUUUACAACUAAAAUUUUACAACAUUUGGAAGGUUCUGAAAAGAAACUUAAAUCUAAGUUUAAAUCACAGAAGAGUCACACAAUAACAUGGGUAGGUUUUAAUCCUAUAUCACGUAUUAUAAAAAAGAUAUGGGGAUGUACCGAGAAGUGUGUUUUUUGCGGAGAACCAUGUGCUAAGGAUCAGGCUCAUGACGGGUCUACACACUACUGUAUACAACAUCGUCCAUCAUGCUGCAGGGGGGUUCGUGACAGGUAUUCGAAAAUAGCAUGCUUGGAAUCAUGUGAGUUUGAUGUUCAAUCAAACACAACACAUACGUGCUCUGUUUUCAAUUAUAUUUGCAAUAAUGAAAAACGAAAAGAAUGUGGCAAAACUCAUUUUUAUAGGGACUUCAAAACAUACCUUCCGAAUUGGGACAUUGCUCCAACGUCUAAUAUGCAUGAUUCAUCUAAAUAUUGGAUGUGGUUUGUAGUGACAUACAAAGAAGAUCUUAAAAAGCUCUAUAAUUAUAAGAUCAAAGGAAUCCCCUCAACAUGGAACAGUAUAACGAAAUUAGAGGCAAAAGAGAGUCUACAUAAAAUAUAUUCUGCAUAA